GUCAUUUUAGUUUGUUACUUCCUGUUAACAGUAGGAUCACUGUCGUGUCGCCUUUUCGGGGAAAAUGCAGAGAAGGUGAAUCGCCUUCUGGCAUCCACAUAUUCUACGAAAUACUUUUACAACCAUUAUAUAAAAGAUUAUGAAUGCGGAGGAGCGCAGCGAGGAUUUAUGUGUGCGCGUGUGAUGGCAGUAGGCUCGCAGUCAUAUGAGAGUGAUUUCAGCGGCACCGCGAACUGGGAACUUAAAACACGCUCGAGUAGUCCUGAGGUGUGGUGUGUGACCUGGGGAAGAUGAGUCUGUAUGGUGGAGGCGGAGCCUGUGGGGGAGGGACCUAUGAUCGGUCACGUGAUCGUCGUCGCUCUAGUGACCGUUCCCGAGACUCCUCCCACGAGCGUGGAGAGGGACAACUCACCCCCUGCAUCCGAAACAUCACGUCACCCACACGGCAAUACAACGAGCGUGAGGGUGGUUCUCGGCCGGGCAGCCCCCGCCCCCAGCGCGUGUCCCCCACCAUCAGGAGCGUGUGUGUGGACGUCCCGCCCAAGGCUCUGGGGGGGGAGAUGGUGUUUGUGUACGAGAGCCCCAAGGAGGGCGGAGCCACGCGCCAGAGGCCCUCCGAGAGGGUCACACUCAUCGUGGACAACACACGCUUCGUAGUGGACCCCUGUAUAUUCACAGCGCAACCCAACACUAUGCUGGGGAGGAUGUUUGGCUCGGGGCGGGAGCACAACUUCACACGGCCCAAUGAGAAGGGAGAGUUUGAGGUUGCCGAGGGCAUCAGCUCCACAGUCUUCAGAGCCAUCCUGGACUACUACAGGUCUGGUGUGAUCCGCUGUCCUGAUGGCAUCUCCAUCCCUGAGCUGAGAGAGGCGUGUGACUACCUCUGCAUCUCCUUCGACUACAGCACCAUCAAGUGCAGAGACCUCAGUGCCCUGAUGCACGAGCUGUCCAAUGACGGGGCGCGGCGUCAGUUCGAGGCGUACCUGGAUGAGAUGGUGCUGCCCCUCAUGGUGGCCAGCGCCCAGAGCGGGGAGAGGGAGUGUCACAUCGUGGUGCUCACCGACGACGACGUGGUCGACUGGGACGAGGAGUACCCGCCGCAGAUGGGCGAGGAGUACUCCCAGAUUAUUUACAGUACAAAACUCUACCGUUUCUUCAAGUACAUUGAGAACCGAGACGUGGCCAAGUCUGUUCUAAAAGAGCGAGGCCUCAAGAAGAUCCGCCUCGGCAUAGAAGGUUACCCCACGUAUAAGGAGAAGGUGAAGAAGCGUCCCGGAGGUCGUCCGGAGGUCAUCUAUAACUACGUGCAGCGGCCCUUCAUCCGCAUGUCGUGGGAGAAGGAGGAGGGCAAGAGCCGGCACGUGGACUUCCAGUGCGUGAAGAGCAAGUCCAUCACCAACCUGGCGGCGGCGGCCGCAGACAUCCCGCAGGACCAGCUGGUGGCGCUGCACCCCGGCCCACAGGUGGACGAGCUGGACAGCCUGCCCCCGCACCCCGCCCCCCUUGGAGGCGCACAUCACUACGGCAACAGCAACAACUACGAGCCCGAUCCGGACGCCCCCUCGCCGGUCGUCUGAGACCCCUGCCCUGGCAGCUCCGCCCCCCCCCCCCCCCUCGCCCAAACCCUCCCAGCAUGCUCGGGGCCGUGGACUUGGGGUCGUGACCUUUGCCCUUGGUUGCCUUCUGCACUUUCCUCUUCCUUAGCUUCUGCUGUGUGGCGCACACACGCACACACACACACACACACACACACACACACACACACAUACACCCCCCCCCCCAAGAACGCUGACGGGAAGCCUCACACACCCUGCCGUUACCAUAGCGACCCUGAGCGUCGCUGGCAGGGCUCCUCCCCUCUAUUUAUUUCCUCCUGUCUGUUUGUUUUUUACAUGACCAAAGGAAAUGUAUUUUUUGUUAGUGGCUAGAGCUGAAGGGGCUGACUGAGUCUUGUUUUUCUAACUCUUGUUCUUACUCGGAACCUCACGGGGCGGGUGGGGCGGUACCGCUGGGUUCUUCUAUUCUCAUGUUCUUACUCUGGUUUAGGAGCUCUAGAACC